GUUCCUUAUCGAUCACCUGAGCGAUGUGUCUAGGUUCCGAAGUUGCAUUCGCACCCGACCAACUAAAAGCAUUUCUCACACCACUGUAUUACAGGGCUAGCUAUCCCAGAUACUUUUAGAGUUAUUUGAAAGUCCAGUGUCUUAGUGUAUCAGUUUAUAUGGUCAGAUUUGCACCCCUGUGAUCUUCGGAAAUAUAGCCAGAUAGGACUGGACGCGUCAGCGCUUGAAAUGGCUGAAACAGAAUAUGAAAAUUACAGAGAGGAAGAAGGAUCAGAUGACGAGUUUGCAGAUGCUCUGUUCGAUCUGAAAAUACGUCCUGAUGCUGAAGAUUCGGAAAUACAACAUGAUAUUUCAGAGGUUACGGCUGCAUUACAUUAUUUCUUGAAUAAUGAAUUUGUUAAAGCGAAAGACAUAGUAGGAAAAGGGUUUGGAAAGACGAUGUAUCAUUCCCUUGGUACAGUAACUGUUCAAUUUCUUGAAGCUUUCAUGACCUUUGACAGCAAAGACAUUGCUGAUACAUUGAACAGCACCAAGGAAGCAAACUCAGUUUUACAGAAAUCGAGAAGAAAAGAAAAUAUUAGUACAACAAUUGGAAAAGCACUUGGAAUCACUAACACGGCAGAGUUGACAGAAGAGGAACUUCAUUCAGAAUUGAUAACAGCAGAAUGUCUUUUCUUUCGCUCAGCAUUGACUUUUAUUCAGGAUGAAAAUAUGAUCAGUUUUAUCAAAGGUGCCUUGAAGAUUCGUCAAUGUUAUCAGAUUUAUAAUUAUUGUCAUAAAAUACUCGGUAAAUUGAAUUGGAAGGAAGAUGAAAUGCUGAGACAUUUUGCUGGGGGUGUUUUCCUUGGAUGUGGUGCUUUCAAUGUGUUCAUGUCGGUGUUACCCCCAAGAAUAAUCACUCUCCUGGAAUGGGUCGGAUUCACUUGUGAUAAAAAGCUUGGAUUCCAACAACUGAUGUCAGCAUAUGAAGAGGAUAAUGUUCGGUCAAGUCUUGGUGCUCUGUAUCUCCUAACCUAUCAUCUGUUUAUUGCACAAAUAACAGUUGCUCAUGAUGAGGAUCUCGAAGUUGCUGAAAGAAUUUUAGAUGUGAUGUUGAAGCAAUAUCCAAGUGGAGUUUAUUUCUUGAUGUUUAAAGGAAGAUUGGAGGAAAUCAAAGGAAAUUUCACUGAGGCAUCAACAUGGCUCGUAAAAUCAAGUUCCACUCAACAAGAAUGGAAACAAUUAUCUCACCUAUGCUACUGGGAAUUGAUGUGGUGUCACUCAUUCAAACUAGAGUGGGAAGAAGCAAGAAAAUAUGCAAAUUUACUCAGGAAAGAAAGCAAGUGGUCACCUGCUAUUUACACGUAUCUAUGUGCUAUCUUUUUGUAUAUGCAAGAUGAUAAAUCUGAAGAGAAGCAAAAGGAGAUUGAUGAUUUUAUGAGGCAGGUUCCAGAUUUAAAGCAACGUAUUGCCGGGAAGAGCUUCCCAAUGGAAAAAUUUGUUGCACGAAAAUCAAGAAAGUACUUUGAGCAAGGAAAAAGACUAGUAAUGCCUGCUCAGGAAAUGUUGUUUGUAUGGAACGGGAUGGCAAUGCUGGAAGGCAAUCCUGAAUGCAAUAAGAAACAUUUAGCUGUUGUCCAUGAAGAAAGAGAAAAAUUAGAUAAACUGAAAGCAGAACAAGAGAAAAAAGAUAAAGAAAACGACUCGACAUCUUCAAAAAAGAAACCGGAUGGACCUGAAUUCAACUAUUUUGAUGAUUAUUGUCUCCUGCAACUCUUCAAAGGAAUCUGCAUGAAUUUCAAUGGACAACCAUUGCAGGCUGAAUUGUGCUUUACAGAUGUCAGGGAGAAUCACAAAGGCAUUAAAAAGGAUCAUUAUAUGACUCCCUUUGCAUUGAUUGAAUUAGUCUGGAUGUUGAUGAAGCAACAAAGGUAUGAUGAAGCAAGAGCAACAAUAAAGUCAGUCAAGCAAGACUACAAGCAUUAUUCUCAUGAAUCAAAAUUACACUUCCGUAUGCAUUCGGCACAAACUCGACUCAAUAUUUUGACUGGUGAAGACAACACCAAAAGCAAGGGUAUGAAUUCCACUAAGAAGAGCAGCCAAGCCAGUCUUAACUCAACAACAUCAAGCAAUGGAGUGAAAUUUUAAUCUUUAUCAUUUUAAAAAAGUAUAAUUGUUCAUGUUAUUUUCAUCUUAUUGAUCGCAUCAACACGAAAGUCUGAAUCAAAAUCAGGUAUUUGCUUUAAAACUUUAACACGAAUGGAAUCGAAAAAAAUUACAGAUUUUGUAAACAAAAUAUUUGGAAAUGUUAAAGAAAUCUAUGUUUUCCUUGAUAAUAUAAAUAAUUAAUUGUAUUAUGAUUUUUUAUCAAUGCUGAUCCAUCUCUAUCUGACUUUGAACUUUGAUUCUUGAUAUCUCAAACGAAAAAUUUGACUUAUAUUAAUAUUCUGCAUUGUUAUAUCAUCAUAAUUAAACAUUUUUUACCAAUCUUCAUCAAUGUGUUCGCAAUUUAUCUCAAAUAGUACAUAAUUUCCUACAACCAAUGCAUAGAACCUCAAAAUGUGAUCAAAUGCUUAUCACAUUCCAAUAGUUCAUCUCAAUUCGAAUUACAGUCGAUUAUAAUCUAAAAACAUUUUUGGCUAUAUUCAGGGUUGUUCAGAACGCUAUAUGCUGACAUCUUUUUGGAAGAAUAAACCUAUACCAAUAUCUUUAACUCAUCUUAACACCUCUCUGUGUGCUAGAAAGCCUAUGUGAAAAUUAGUUUACAUUUUGUUCCGUAGCAUAUAAGAUGAAUUCAGAUUAUUCAAUAAAAACUUGCUUCUGACUGUUUUUGUGUGCCAUGUACCAUUUAUCGUUCAAAUUCAAUUUUUUUUUUCAAUUUUUCAAAACUAUGUACCACCAUCGGUUCAUUUAUGUAAUUUUCAUUUUUUGUCAUUAAUUAUUUUUUUAUUAUACAUGUUUUUAGCAUAUAAUUUUCUAUUUCUAAUUUAUACGAAUGUUUUAUCAUCAUCCUUCGUCAAUUUCUUGUCUCUUUUAUUUGUGAAAAGAUUGUAAUUUCACCAUUUUUUUGGUUUGUAAACAGUUUUUCAUUCAAUUCUAGCGCUAUCAGUGAAGCACUUACACUUACAGGCACAUAAUAUGUCUUCAAUAUUUUUGAGUUUGAAAGAAACUAAAAAAACGAUUUGUUUGUGAAAGUAUAUAAUCUUGUUGUUGUACUUGAUGACUUGUGGCUUAAAAUCUGCUUAUACUAAUUGUUUUACACCCAAAUUUCAUGGUCGUGCCAAGACUGAGAUUUUCCAAGGUGCUAUAUAUAUAUGUGCUUAAUGUAAUAAUGAAUAAUGUGUCAAAUGAGCUUGCUGUGUGAAAAUUAGUAAUUUUUAUGGUAUUUAGAUACUGAUUUAGUUGUUUAAUGUGAUGAUAUUACCAUUCUCUUGUUUGUGGAGAGAUGUGAACUAGUUUCAGGUCUGACCUUAACUUCUUAUCUCUGUGUACAUGUUACUUUUGAAAUAAAUAUGGUAGUUUUGCUCAAAUGAAUUUGUAUAUAACUUUUAAUGUGUUUCUACACAUGAUAUUCUUAUUUGAAAGCCCCCCCCCAACUGAUUGAUUUUGUAAAUUGCAUUCUGGCUAAAGUUGAUUUGAAACUUUAUUUCAAUGAAGCCCAUUGUCUGAUUAACUAUUCUAUCACCUUGCUAAAGCUCAGUAUGUUCACUAAAGAGUUUUCUCAAGAUGAAAAUGAAAGUCGUUUAAUAAAUUCAUAUUUUAUUUUGGUAUCUUGAACAAAAGCACACAAAGAAUAAAAAACAAAGAAUUACCCGGUAAUCGGCCAAAACCUAAAAUGUCGUAUUCCUAAUGCAAACCCUCAUUUUUCCUAACAUUAAAUUCUACCUGUCGUUUCCGUAUCCAGCUACGUAUGAAUAUCUGUCUAGAUUGUGUACAAACUGUACAUUCAAAAGUCUAUUCAAAUUAGCGUCUUCGUGUAAUUACCGUUUAAUUUAAUCGCUGUGAUAGUAUUAUAAUUUUUAUAUAAUUUAUGCUUCGCUAUAUCUUGCUUGUAAAUAUUCUCAUCUUUAGUACUGUGUGAUAUUACUAUUACUCAAUUAAUCCAUAUAUACGUGUGCGCUGUGUUUGCCUAAUUCACUAAUCUAAAUUUGUCCCCACAGACUUAUACUAUGCUGGAAUAUAGUAUUUAUUUUGGCUGAUUUUGGACCGUUCCUUUUUCAUGGAUGACAAAGUUCCUCACAUGUACACUAUGUAAGCUUACCUGCUAUUUUGCUGUUGAUGAAUUGGUCAAUUUAAUACAUAGUUUAGGGCUAAAUUUUAAAUCUUGCUUUUCUGUGCACUAUACUUGAUUGAAGUAUGAAAAAUAAUUUUCCUCUGUGUAUUUUGCGAUAUUGAAAUAUGAUGAAAUUUUUAUUUGUUUCAAAUAAUAUAUGCAAUCGACAUUCAUUGUAAACGUUAAAUAUAGCAACACAUAUUGAA